CGUUUUUUUAAGAUUUGCUCCGUCCUUCUGUUUCUGUGCUAGUUAUUCAUCCACUGGGGUGAGUCAGGGAGGGUGGAGAUUCGGAAGACUGCUGUACCAGUCGCGAUUGUCGGUUGAAUCCCCCCCCUUCCCUCCUUCUUUCCGUCUGUGCCGCACACGCUCUCAUUGCAGUGCAGUUUCUACUCUCUCCACAUUUCUCUCCAUGAGAGAGGCUCCCAGAGGAUUCUCUCAACGCUGGCUCUUGUUUUCCAAAGCUGGAAAUUCUGCUUUUUUUAUUUUAUUUUUUUCCCCCCAAGCAAGAUUAACUGGCUAACAAAGCAGCAAACAUGCUGCAGGAGAUUAAGGAGUUUGGUUCUCAUGCCAUGGAUAUCUAUGACUACCUCGUCGCAGGAAUUGAUCCUCGGCUGAAGGAUCACUUCCUGAUGCAGAGUCCCAUUCCAAUGACUGUAAUUUUGCUGUGCUACCUGUUUUUCGUACUGUACCUGGGGCCUCUCAUCAUGGCCAAUCGCAAGCCUUUCCAGCUGAAAGAGGCCAUGAUAGUCUAUAACUUUGCGCUAGUGGUGCUUUCAAUAUACAUCGUCUAUGAAUUCCUCAUGUCUGGAUGGGCCACGACGUAUACUUGGCGAUGUGAUGCAAUCGAUGUGUCCAACAGCCCACAAGCACUAAGAAUGGUGGAGGUGGCUUGGCUGUUCUGGUUCUCCAAAAUUAUUGAGCUCAUGGACACCAUCUUCUUCGUGUUGAGGAAAAAGAGCGGCCAGAUCACUUUCUUACACAUCUUCCACCACUCCUUCAUGCCCUGGACCUGGUGGUGGGGAGUUGGCUACGCUCCCGGUGGAAUGGGAUCCUUCCACGCUAUGGUGAAUUCUUCCGUCCACGUGGUGAUGUACUUUUACUACUUCCUUGCUGCGGCCGGACCUCGCUUCCAGAAGUUCCUGUGGUGGAAGAAGUACAUGACGGCCAUUCAGCUUAUCCAGUUUGUCCUGGUAUCCCUUCACGUGACUCAGUAUUACUUCAUGGACAGCUGCGACUACCAGUUCCCCAUGAUCAUCCACAUGGUCUGGAUGUACGGCACCUUCUUCUUUGUGCUGUUCUCCAACUUCUGGGUGCAGGCCUACGUCAAGGGCAAGCGGCUGCCCAAGCAGGACAUCAAGGCGUGCCAGAACGGCACCACACCCGCCGCCUCUGCCCCCACAGUGUACGCAAACGGCAAGCACCGCGAGAACGGCCUUAAACACUGCACGAGCAAUGGCACGGCACACCACGAAAACGGCAGCGCUCCCAUGGGCAAGAUGAAGAAGGCCUAGGGCGCAAAGAAGGAAACUCCCAAAAAGUAUGACCCUGCGAACCCGUCGCACCACCUACGGAUUCCAAAGAUGAUUUUGGCUGCGUUUCUUGUCGUGUUUUGUACGUGAAAACGUGAGGAGGGGAAGAACGUGGUUCAUGACUUCCACAAAGGGGGAAGAUUUCCACAUUGGCUUGGUUCGGUUGUCUCUGAGUUUUUGGGGAAAACACAACGUAUGAAGAGAUGUUCACUGACGUGCAAGUUUAGUAUCACACUGGUUGCCUUUCACUUAAGACACCUUCCCCAUGUUUUCAUGUCACCUCUUUGUGGACCGACGACUGUAAAGAAGACUUGAAAAUACUUUUAUCUUGUAAAUAGUUUUACAACAAAAUGACUAAUUGCAUUGGUACGGCUUUCUACUUUCUAAAUUGUGUAUUUAAAAAUAAAAUGCCAAUAAACCAUGUUAUAAAUGA